CUGUUUCUUUUUGUCUCAGUUUCUCUGUUUCGUAUUCAUCUUUGUUUCUGGUUUCUUUGUUGGUCGUUUGUUAUCAUGGGUGAUGAAAAAGCUGUUGUUGCGGCUAAGGCCUCUGACUCUACCGGAGUCACGCCUUAUACCUUGUUUUCUUCUGACAAUCCUGGAUCUAUGAUCUCUUCGGUGAUGUUGAGUGGAGAAAAUUAUUCCGAGUGGGCAACCGAGAUGUUCAAUGCUCUUCGGGCCAAACGGAAGAUUGGGUUUAUUGAUGGUACAAUUCGUAAACCAAAGGAGGAAGGAUCCGAGAUGGAGUCUUGGACAAGUGUUAAUUCAAUGGUUGUGGGGUGGUUACGAACGUCAAUCACUCCUCAUGUAAGAUCAACUGUGUCGUUUAUUGAUGCUGCAGCAGAGUUGUGGGAGAGUUUGAAGAACCGUUUCUCUGUGGGGAACAAGGUUCGUAUUCAUCAGCUGGUGUCUCAGCUGAGUUCGUGUAAACAAGGAGGACAGUCCGUCAUGGACUACUAUGGUCGUCUUGUGAACCUAUGGGACGAACUGCAGAGGUAUCGUCAUCUGCCAGUGUGCACGUGUGGAGCUGCUGCUAAAAUCGCAAAAGACAGAGAAGAUGAAAAGGUUCACCAAUUCGUUAUGGGACUUGAUGAAUCUAGAUUUGGUAAUGUGAUCUGUCAGAUCAUUGAUGCUGAUCCAUUGUCAGAUUUGACACAAGCUUAUGCCAAAGCCAUUCGUGAGGAGCAGCGACUUGCAGCAAAGAAGAAAGAACAACAAUAUGAUGUUGUCGGUUUUGUGGCUCGACGAGAAACACAGCCGGAGUCGGUUCCUUCGUUGGUCACUAAUGAAGCAGUUGAAGCUUCUAGUUUUGUUACACGAUCGAGGCUCUCUUCGAAUUUUUCCCAAGGUAACAACAAAAACAGAGAGCGUUCUUUGCUCUGUUCUCACUGUGGACGGUCAGGACAUAGGAAAGAUUAUUGUUGGGAGUUAGUUGGAUACCCAGAAUGGUGGUCGGAUCGGAACAAAGGUGGGCGCGGGUCUGUUCGUGGAGGUAGAAGUUCGCCUUCAGGGAGAGCUGGUCGUGGCUCCAACUUUGUUGCGUCUGGUCGAGGUCGUGGAUAUGCCACCGUUGCUCAUGCUACAAGUCCUCAUGCCUCGACUUACCCUGUUUUUACAUCUGAGCAAUGGCAGGCUAUAAGUACGAUGGCUUUGGAGAAAACAAGUCAAAACACAGAUAAACUUUCUGGACCGUUUUUCGAAGACUCUGAUUGGAGCCGGGGUUGAACGUGAUGGGGUUUACUAUUUUAAGGAUGUUGCUGGAAUACAAGUCAACAAGGUUGGAGUGAAGUGUGAUGAAAGUUUGUGGCACCGUAGGCUAGGACAUCCGGCAGUUUCAGUUCUUUCUCAUUUACCGCAAAAUACUGGUGUUUUUAAUUUAGCUAAACCUAGUCCUUGUGACAUGUGUUGUAGGGCUAAGCAAACAAGAGAAUUUUUUUUUGAGAGAAAUUCAUGUUGAUGUUUGGGGUCCCUAUCGCGUUUCUGCAUCGUGUGGAGCGGUGUAUUUUUUUACCAUUAUUGAUGAUUUCUCUAGAGCGGUAUGGACACAUCUCUUACUUGAGAAGUCCAAAGUUCGUCAAGUUUUGGAAAAUUUGUGUG